GGACAGAGAAGCAAAGGUGAGGCACAGGAGACGACUUGCCUUUACUCACUCGGCCCGCCCUUUCACUAUCACACCACUCACGCCAUCGUCGUGCCAUAUCAGCAGACAUGGACAGGGUGCAGUACCAUCUGGAGCGUCUCCUCCCCACGCUCCAGCUCCUGUCGCAGCUCUCCCUUCUCUCUGCCACCGAGCUGCAAGCACUCACCCACACCAGGCGACACCACGAGACCGCUCUCAUCACUCCCGCCUCGUCACCCGCCACUUUCCUUCAAUAUGUCGCCUUCGAACUCGACGUCGAAAAGCUGGUGCUUUUGCGCAUCUCGAGGGCCGGUAAAGACCCAGAGACGGGAGAUGAUCGUGUCACAGUCAAGGACCGAAGUAUGCUUCGAAGGGGCAUGGAGAAGCACAUCAUCUCCAUCUGGCAACGCCUCAUUGCCAAAAAGGCAAGAAAGGAACCCAACGUCUACUCCCUCUACCUCGACUUUCUCCAGCAGAGGAAGAUGAGAAGAGUCUAUGGAGAGGUGGCUGCUCAGGGAUUGAGCAUGCAUCCCAGCGAAGCUGCCCUUUGGAUCCGUGUAGCAGAUUGGGAGCUGAAUAACAACACUGAUGCGUCAGCCGCUAGAAUUACCCUGCUCAGAGGUAUUCGACUCAACACGUCCAUGGCGGAGCAAAGCAGCAACGGCCAGCAGCAUCAGCCUCCUUCAAAAGGAGGAGCUGCCAGGAGGAAAAAGAUGAAGAUGAGCAAUGGUGCAGCAAGCCAGGAGGUCGAAUUCGCUAGUGUUAGCUCAAGUGAUGCGGCAAGGCUCUCUUUGCAUUCUUUGCCUACAUCAUCGACGCGCAAUGUCCUCGAUCUGUGGGUCCAAUACUUCAGAAUGGAAUUGGUCUUCCUCGAAAGACUACGUCGGCGAUGGGCCGUUCUGGGCAUCAACGCUACCUCGCAGCCUACUCAGGAGGCCUCGACAGAGGCUCAGGAAGAGGCGACAUCGCCGGACGGCGAGGAGGAAGAUCAAGGAGGCGAGGGUAUCGAGAGCUCAGGAGGCAAUUCUGCGAUGCAGAAGAUCCGUCAAGGAGAUGAAGACGAGGACGGGGGAGCCGCUCAGAGCGCUAGCGUAGCAGCAGCGGCUACAGCCCCUUCCAAGGUUCUGUCAGGCGCAUUACCCCUCGCAAUUUUCUCCUCCGCUUUAGCUCUGACAGCCUCUAGUCAGGAAGAGUCAAUCAUCAAGAAGGCGGGGCCUUCCCUGCCAGCCCAGGCACGCCUAGCUUUCAUCCUCGCAGUCACGGAGGAGGUACAGAAGUUCCCUUUUGCUCGUUUGUCAGGCGAAGAUAGCAGUAAAGGAGACCGACGCGAGGAUGGAGAGGAGCUAAGGUCUGCUUUGCUGCAGGGCAUGGCUCUCGCCUUAUCGCCUCUGGCCCAGCAGUCGCCUGGGAAUGCCAAAGUGUUGACGCUGGCGAGGCAGAGCACAAGUCUGCGCACCCUCACCGAAGACCUCAACCGGCGCUCGCAGGAGGAGGCUCGCCUCUUCCUUAGUGAGGAAGAGAGAAGGGAAGAGGACAGAAAGGAGCUGGCUGUGGCCAGUGUACUCCGUCCCUCGUAUCUCGGCAGUGGGGCGGCUGCAGGCUACGAGCAAGCCUCUUGGACCAGAUCAAUGGGAGAGGCCUCUGGUCUUCUCAUCGACUUCAAGACCGGGCAGAAAGAAAACCGCGAGCGAGAAGCAGAGCAAACGGAGGAGCAACUCCUUUCGCAAUUCUCUCUACUUCUUCGAUCACUGGCAGACGGAUCCUCGGCUGGCACACCGUCUGGACAAGUGCAGUUGCUGCUGGCCAGAAAGAUCAAGGAAAUACUUGAUGACAUGCGUAACAGCGAUGGCGACAGUCUAGCAUCACUCAGAAUGAAGGUCGCUUGGUCAAUCUGGAGGGUGUACGCAUAUCUGCCUUUUUCGAAAAACAAAGAAGAUAGUGCAGACGAGGAGUCCUCCCCUUCCUUCUCACCUUUUGAAAUUGGAUUAGGCGCUCAAGCAAGGCAGGACCCUCUGCUGCCAUACCUGGCAUCGACACUGCAACGCAUAGGGCAGGAGCAGAUUCGAACUUCUACAGCGGAGCAGCAGGAAGUCAGAUUGUUGACCCUCAUAUUCCGGUACCAGAAGCUAUUGCACACGCAGGCUCUUGCCCAGGAGGGUGAGGAGGACAAGGUGACUGAAGCAUGGGAUGAGCUGUUGAGCAUCAUCAAGGAAAGAGAGGCUUCUUCGCCUCUGCUCGAGAGAUGUUUCACCCAUUUGCACGCAAGGGUCUGGUCCUCGAAGUGCGCCUGGCAGUCCCUCCUCCGAGAUACAAACCUCGACGAGGAGGAAGAAGAGACAGGAGGACUCGCCUUCUGGUCCUCUCUCCUCGACCUGACGUCUAGCUCUCUCAAGACCUCCGUAAGCCCGUACGCACGCGUAGCGCGCAAGACGUUCAAGCUCUUCCAUCUCUGGUGCCUUUCGCUUCCCUCAUCAUCCUCAACAAAAUUGGUCAAGGCACUCGAGAGUUUGGUUCGCCUCACUCGUGGCCCACUAGUAGGCUCCGCCUCGCCCACUCUCGAGGAGAGAAAGCAGGACCAGGAGCUACACGAUGAAGCCCUGUACGUGUACAUUAUCAAGUCUUCUUCUUCCAGCAGCACUCUUUCCACUCAUCCGAAAGAGCAGGUAAAGAUUCUCACUGACACGCACAAGAGCUCUCCGAGUCUGCACGUCUACUUCCGUCUGCUGGACGAUCGAUUUCUCCUUGCCGCCACACGGGCAGAGGUCUUUACGUCGCUGCAGACACUGGCGGGCAAUCGAGCCGCCUCCUUCUUCUCGCCUAGCUCAGACCGGGCCGGUCGAGGACCACAAAAAGGCGGCGAGGUGGCAGGAGAGGAGGAGCGGGCGGACCUGCUAGAGGCGUUUGGACGUCUCUUCCGCAACGCCCUCUAUCCCGUGGGCGUAGAGGAAGUUGAUGUCAAGAAUGGUGAGGGUAGUAAGAGCAAAGCAGGAGAUACAAGAGGCGCUGUGCAUCUCCUGCACCUUGCUCGACGUGCUGGAAGAGGAGAGGAGCGAUGGGAGGCUGAAGUCGAGGCUGUUUGGGCUUCUGUUUGUCAUGCUGAGGAAGAACAAGAGGAAGAGGAAGAGGUGGAGAGCGGUGAGAGUGGUGAGAGUGAUUCGGAGGAAGAGGAGGAGGAGGAUAGUGAGAGCGGAAGUGAGGCAAGCGAUGAUGACGAGUAAGACAGUGUCCUGUCCUACGUCACAUUCACACUGCUAGCUAAUGACGGUUUCGUUUAGUUUGGUUUUGGUUGGGGUUGAUUAGUUGGAUAGCUAAAAGUAAAGAAAGAGUGCCUGACAUGACCCCAAUUGUACAAGUAGCAAUAGCAACAAAAACUCUCUAUUACAUUUCAUCUCAUCACCCUCUUGCCUUGCCA